AUGCCUGAACCUCCACCACAAAAACCGCUCUACCCAAAAACUACUUUUUCUAUACCAGAAGUAUAUAAUCCAGAAAGUAAAGCAACAGAAUCGUUCCAGAUAGUCCCAAAACCUUGGAAAUCAAAUCCUUUCAUCCCUCUAAAACGUUGCCGUUUAAUUAAAAACAUUUCUGAAGCUAUUGGAAACACCCCAAUUGUUAAACUUUUUAAAUUACCAAAAAAGUUUGGAAUUGAAGCAGAGAUUUUAGUUAAAUGUGAAUUUUUAAAUGCUGGAGGUUCUGUUAAGGAUAGGAUUGCUAAAAAGAUGAUUGAGAUGGCGGAAGCUGAUGGAAAAUUAAAAGCUGGUUAUAGUACUGUUAUUGAACCGACAUCUGGAAAUACCGGAAUAGGUCUAGCUUUAAUGUGUGCCAUUCGUGGAUACCGCUGCAUUAUUGUAAUGCCCGAAAAGAUGAGUUUAGAAAAAGAAGUUAUUCUUCGCUCUUUGGGGGCAGAAAUUGUUAGAACGCCUACUGAGAAAGGUCAUGCAGAUGCUGAUUCCCAUAUUGGUGUUGCUUUACGUCUUCAAAAAGAAAUACCUGGAGCUAUCAUUCUUGAUCAGUAUCGAAACGAAGGAAAUCCUUUUGCUCAUUAUGAAGGAACAGCAGAAGAGAUUCUUUGGGCAUGUGACGGGAAAUUGGAUGCUUUAGUUAUUGGAACAGGUACAGGAGGUACUUUAAGUGGAGUGGCUAAAAGAGUGAAGGAAGUUGUGCCGGAAUGCAAAAUUAUUGCUGUUGAUCCGGAUGGUUCUAUUCUUGCCAAUCCAGCAUGUAAAGAGACUAAAGCUUAUGAUGUGGAGGGUAUUGGAUAUGGUAUGAAAAUAAAGGCGCUGGUCUAG